UUAAUGCCAGUGCCUUCGAUAGACGUCCAAUUUUAUCGCACUGCCUGGAUUUUGAUCUUCAGUCGAUGGAGAUCUUCAUCUCUGUCGUUCUAUACAGCAUCAUUGCGGUGGGUGGUUCGUUAGGCAAUACGUUGGUUCUUCUAGUGAUCUGGCGAACACCAAACUUGAAAACUGCUUGUGGCGUGUUAAUCGCGAACUUGGCGCUUGCUGAUCUGCUAGUCACAGCCGUGGCAAUUCCAAUUGUGAUAUCACUGAUAAUACAGGGUUCUGUGCCGGUUUGUUCCUUGAAUGAAUCUAUGUUGGCCGCGAUAAUAGUUGGUCGUUGUUCUUGUGCUGCUUCGCUUCUCAUAUUGGCAGCCAUGAGUAUAGAUCGUUGUUGGGCGAUCUGCUAUCCUUUUCAUCACAAAAUUCAAAUGACUUCAUCGAAAUUGAAAACAGUUUUGCUGUUCAUCUGGCUCGCUUCUUUAAUACUUCCCAUUCUGGAGGUAGUUUUUCGACGAGAAAGCCUAUCGGACAGUGUUUUGGUAGUUAAGCAAUUACAAAGAUUGGGAAUUCUCAUCUGCUACUUUGCCAUCGUGACAAGCGGUCUGGUCACAUUUACAACGGUACGGUGUUCCUCCUCGAAAAUAGCUAACCUACACAACGAAGGAAAUCACAACCGUACAUUGGCAGAACUGCGCGAAAGAAAUAAACAAGUGGCGAAGACGAUAACUUUAGUUGUGGUUGCCUUUUCCAUUUGCUGGGUUCCUAUCAUUUACAUCGGCGCAAGAUUUAUCGACCAUUACAGCGUGUUACACUUCUGGGGUGUGUUGCCUGGCUUCGCCAACUCUGCAGUUAAUCCGUGCAUUUAUUUUUACCGACAAAAGAGUUAUCGGCAGGCGUUCAAGGCAUUGGUUAGCUAGAAGUUCGUGAUUUGCAAGCUCGCCUGUUUCAAGACUGAUGGACCGUUUAGUUUUAGAACAAAGGGUUGUGUCUUAAUUUAUCGGAUAGUUAAAGGCGCUACGU